AUGACAGAUUUUAUUCGAUGGACAUAUGAAAAUAGAUUUUAAAUCUCUAUUGAUCUAGCAGCUGGAUCUAUUAGUGGAAUAGCUAAUUGUAUUUCAAGUCAUCCAUUAGACACAGUUAAAGUCAGAAUGCAAAUGUCAGAUGAUGGAGUACUAAAAACUCUAUAAAAAAUAAUAAACAACGAAGGAUUAAAAGGUUUUUAUAAAGGAAUGUCAUUUCCCAUACUUUCCAUACCAAUAACCAAUGCAGUUGUGUUCUCGGUUUAUGAAUUCUGGAGGAAAUUUUUCAUUGGAAAUUCGAAUAAAUAACUCACAUAUUUCCAAACUGCAUUUUGUGGAAGCAUUGCAGGAAGUUCAGCUGCUUUCCUCUCUUGCCCAAUUGAAUUGACAAAAUGCAAAUUAUAAAUGUAAGAAAUUGAAAAAAUUUACAAAAACCCGAUUGAUUGCGUUCUCUAAAUUUACAAAAAAGAGGGUUUUAAAUAUAUUUUUAGAGGUAUGCAUGCCACCUAAUAAAGAGAAAUUCUGGGGUAUUCUGCCUAAUUUGCAGUAUAUGAAUGCAUAAAGGAUAUACUAUGUGAUUUAUCAUAAAAGGCAGAACCUUCGACUGCAAACUUAUUGAUAUCAGGAGGUUUAGCAGGAGUUUCAUGCUGGACGAUAGGAUAUCCUUAAGAUACAAUUAAAACAAUUCUCCAAUGUUAAACUUGCACUGAUUAGAGAAUUUAUAAAGUGAGAUGCUUUGACGGUGGAUUUUAUGAUUGUUUAACCCAAAAAAUAUCAACUGAAGGUUUUGGGUCUGUUUGGAAGGGAUAUUCGGUCUGUGUCUUUAGGUCAUUUUACGCUAAUGCUAUCGGGUUUUAUGCGUAUGAAUUGGCCAAAGAAUAACUUACUACACUCUAUUAGUUUUGA